AUGAAAAUAAAUAAAAAACAAAUUGUUUUUUUCAUUUUAUUUAGUAUAUUUUUAAAUCAUGUUAAUGGUAUUUUUUAUUUACCGGGUAUGAUUCCACAUGAUUUUGCUCAAGGUGAAGAAGGAGCAAUCAAAGUUAAUAAAAUUACAUCUGUCCACACUCAAAUCCCUUACAAAUAUUAUCAAUUACCAGGUGUUUGUCAACCAAAAGAAGGUAUCAUUGAUGACACUGAAAAUUUAGGUGAAAUUUUAUUAGGUGAUCGUAUUGAAAAUUCAGAUUAUACUUUUAACUUUUUAACUGAUGGUGGUAAAUGUAAAGUUAUAAAUUCAGAAUCAUGUAGUCCAAUUAUUAAAAAAGAAGAUUUAAAAGUUUUAGAAGAUAGAAUUCAAAAUCAAUAUAGAGUUCAUUGGUUAUUAGAUGGUUUACCAGUUCGUCAAACUGGAAGAUUAGCAUCAGAUCCAGGUUUUGAUUUAGGUUUUAUGACACUUGCAGAAGGUCAAACAGUUGCAACAGCAGAGAAAUAUUUAAAUAAUCAUUUAGAGAUUACCAUUUUCUAUCAUAGUAAUCCAACAGAUAAUACAUCAAGAAUAGUUGGAUUUGAAAUAUUCCCAACAUCAAGACAAUAUAAAAAAGUUGAAAAUUGGAAAGGCGACACAGGCGAUGAUUGUCCUCAAUAUGGCGAAAACUUUGAACAAUUGUCAGUAUCAGUUAAAGAGGGUGAAGAUCAAGAACGUUUUGUUCUAUGGACUUAUGAGGUCAAAUACACACCUUCUCCAGUACUCUGGAACAAACGUUGGGAUAUCUACUUUGAGUCCAAUGACAACAGUGUUCAUUGGUUCUCCAUUUUGAAUUCAUUGAUGAUUGUAUUCAUCUUGACCGUUAUGGUUGCAAUGAUUAUCAUCAGAACUUUAAAGAAGGACAUUCGUCGUUACACAUCCAUCGACACAUCAGAGGAUCGUGAUUCACAAGAGGAGACCGGCUGGAAGAUGAUCCAUGGCGAUGUUUUCCGUCCACCAUCACAUCCAAUGCUAUUAUCAGUUUGCAUUGGUAGUGGUGUUCAAAUCUUUUCAAUGACUCUCAUCACUAUGAUCUUUGCUGUAUUGGGUUUCCUCUCACCAGCAAAUAUUGGUGGUUUGGCAACUGCCCUCAUCGUUUUAUUCGUACUUAGUGCAAUGUUUGCUGGCUACUUUUCAACUCGUGUAUUCACAAUUUUCAAGGGUAGAAAUUGGAAAAAGAAUACCAUUUACACCGCUCUCUCAAUGCCUGGUAUUAUCUUUGGCAUUUUCUUCUUUGUAAACAUGUUUUUACGUGGUGCCAAGUCCUCUGCCGCCGUGCCAUUUGGAACUUUUGCUUCAAUCAUUGCAAUGUGGUUUGGUAUCUCCGUGCCAUUGGUCUUCUUGGGCAGUUAUUUCGCCUCAAAGAAACCAGUGCCAGAGGAUCCAGUUAGAACCAACCAAAUCCCACGUCAAGUUCCAGACCAAAUUUGGUAUAUGAAUCCUUAUCUCUCCAUUUUAAUGGGUGGUAUUUUACCAUUUGGUGCUGUCUUUAUCGAACUUCAUUUCAUUCUCACCUCACUUUGGGAUAAUCAAUUCUACUAUAUCUUUGGUUUCCUUUUCAUCGUUUUAAUGAUCUUAAUUGUAACUUCCGCUGAAAUCUCAAUCGUUAUGUGUUAUUUCCAAUUAUGCGCUGAAGAUCAUCAUUGGUGGUGGAGAUCCUUCUUAACCGCUGGUAGCUCUUCUCUUUACAUGUUUAUCUACUCUGUUAGUUUCUUCCGUUAUUUAGGUAUCACAAAAUUCAUCUCAUCUUUAUUGGAUUUCUCUUAUUCUUUCAUUAUGUCUUUAGCUUUUGCUGCUUUAACUGGUACAAUUGGUUUUUAUUCUUGUUACUUUUUAGUUAGAAAAAUUUAUAGUUCCAUUCAUAUUAAUUAA